GUGCGCACUACCGCUUGCGCGGGGCGGCGCACCACAGCUAUUCGCUGACUGCUCGUGAGAAAAGGCGGGACCUUCGCUCUGAUUGGCCGCCAUUCGGAAAAGCCGGCGCGGCGGACCGGAUGCAGUGGGCGGGCGGGAACGUGAAGUCUCCGCGGUGCCUGCUGGGGCUGCUCUGUGGCGUGUAGCUGUUGCUGCCGGGGACCCCUCGCUCACAGCCGCCGCGGUCCCGCCGCCUCAUGGCGGCCAUCGGAGUGCACCUGGGCUGCACGUCAGCCUGUGUGGCCGUGUACAAGGAUGGCCGUGCAGAUGUGGUUGCAAAUGAUGCAGGAGAUAGAGUUACCCCUGCUGUUGUAGCUUACUCCGAGAAUGAAGAGGUGGUUGGACUGGCUGCAAAACAAAGUAGAAUAAGAAAUAUUUCAAAUACAGUAGUGAAAGUAAAGCAGAUCCUGGGAAGAAGCUCCGACGAUCCACAAGCUCAGAAAUACAUCUCGGAAAGUAAAUGUUUAGUUGUUGAAAAAAAUGGGAAAUUGCGAUAUGAAAUAGAUACAGGAGAAGAAACUAAAUUUGUUAACCCAGAAGAUGUUGCCAGACUCAUAUUUAGUAAAAUGAAAGAGACGGCACAUUCUGUCUUGGGCUCAGAUGCAAAUGAUGUAGUUAUUACUGUUCCAUUUGAUUUUGGAGAAAAGCAGAAAAAUGCUCUUGGAGAAGCAGCAGGAGCUGCUGGAUUUAAUGUUUUACGACUAAUCCAUGAGCCAUCUGCAGCUCUUCUUGCUUAUGGAAUUGGACAAGAUUCUCCUGCCGGAAAAAGCAAUGUUUUGGUAUUUAAGCUUGGAGGCACAUCCUUAUCUCUCAGCAUUAUGGAAGUUAAUAGUGGAAUGUAUCGGGUUCUGUCAACAAACACUGAUGAUAAUAUCGGAGGUGCACAUUUCACAGAAACCCUAGCUCAGUAUCUGGCUUCUGAGUUCCAGAGAUCCUUCAAACACGAUGUGAGGAGAAAUGCCAGAGCCAUGAUGAAGUUGAUGAACAGCGCCGAGGUGGCAAAGCAUUCCCUGUCGACCUUAGGAAGUGCCAAUUGUUUCCUUGAUUCGUUAUAUGAAGGUCAGGAUUUUGACUGCAAUGUGUCCAGAGCACGAUUUGAACUCCUCUGUUCUCCGCUUUUCAAUAAGUGUAUAGAAGCAAUCCAAGAGCUCUUAGAUCAAAGUGGAUUCACAGCACAGAAUAUCAACAAGGUUGUACUUUGUGGAGGGUCUUCUCGAAUCCCAAAGCUCCAGCAGCUGAUUAAAGACCUUUUCCCAGCUGUGGAGCUUCUCAGUUCUAUCCCUCCAGAUGAGGUUAUCCCUAUUGGCGCAGCUCUGGAAGCAGGAAUUCUCAUUGGGAAAGAAAAUAUCUCAGUGGAAGACUCUCUUGUGAUUGAGUGUUCAGCCAAAGACAUCUUAGUGAAGGGUGUGGAUGAGUCAGGACUCAACAGAUUCACAGUACUGUUCCCAUCUGGGACACCUUUGCCAGCUCGAAGACAGCACACCUUACAAGCCCCUGGUGCUCUGUCAUCUGUUUGCCUUGAACUCUAUGAGUCUGAGGGGGAGAACACUGCAACAGAAGAAAGCAAGUUUGCACAGGUUGUUCUUCAGGAUUUAGAUAAAAAAGAAAAUGGAUUACGUGAUAUAUUAGCUGUUCUUACUAUGAAAAGGGAUGGAUCUUUACAUGUGACAUGCACAGAUCAAGAGACUGGGAAAUGUGAAGCAAUCACCGUUGAGGUUGCAUCUUAAUGUUUCAGAUAACUUUUGAGCUAUUCAUAUUAUUUGGUUUUAUGUAUAAGUGCUGACUAUAUUAAAAUACUUUUUCAAUGACCUGUAUAGCCAUUUUUCUAUUAAAAUACAAUAUAUUGGUAA